AUGUCUGACGCUGGUGAUGAAAUUAAAGUCGAAGCCCCCGAGGUCGAGGUUGCGGCCGAGGCUCCCAAGGGCAAGCUCUCCGUAGAGGAUGCGCUUCAGCAAGUCCUGAAGAACGCCCUCGUCCACGACGGUCUGGCUCGCGGUCUCCGUGAGGCCGCGAAGGCGCUUGACAAGCGCCAGGCGCACUUGUGCGUCCUCGUCGAGACGUGCACUGAGGCCGAAUACAUCAAGCUCAUCGAGGCCCUCUGCGCGGAGCACAAGAUCAACCUGAUCAAGGUUGGUGACGCGAAGGUGCUCGGCACGUGGGCUGGUCUCUGCAAGAUCGACCGUGAGGGCAACCCGCGCAAGGUCGUCGGCUGCUCGUGCGUCGUGGUCAAGGACUACGGUGUUGAGUCCGAGGGCCUCCACGUCCUCCUCGACUACUUCAAGAACCGUUAA